AUGAGUAGGUGCUUCCAUAGAGUAUUACGAUCGAUUAUAGCAAUAGAAGGUCUUUAUAUUCAGCAACCUACAGGUGAUGUUGUUUCGAGAGAAAUUCAAGAAAGUAGGAGAUUUUAUCCUUUUUUCAAGGAUUGUAUAAGGGCAAUAGAUGGAACACAUUUUACAUAUGUGUUAACGGGCUGGGAGGGUACUGCAUCAGACUCGAGAAUAAUAAAAAACGCAUUUACUAGAGAUGAUAAACUACUAAUUCCAUCAAGUAAAUAUUUUUUAGUAGAUGGGGGUUUGCCUUAUGCAAAUAAACUAAUGGCACCAUAUAAAGGUGUUAGAUAUCAUUUAAAAGAGUUCUCCAUGCGGGGUCCCCAAAAUUCUAAAGAGUUGUUUAAUCUUCGUCAUGCUUCCUUACAUAACACCAUUGAGCGAGCUUUUGGUGUCCUUAAAAGAAGGUUUCCUAUCAUUCGAAGUACAACGGAACCAUUUUACUCUUGUGAAACACAAUCUGCCAUAUUUUUGGCAUGUUGUAUUCUACACAACUUUUUAUUAGAUGAAGACCGCGACAUAAAUCUUGAAGAUGGAGUGAUGCAGGAGAUCUUAAACGGACCACAAGAGCAAGAUCGUCGUAAUUCAAUAGAAACAGACGAGGAUAAUAGUAGGGCAUAUCAACUAAGGAAUUCAAUUGCAAAUGAAAUGUGGGCAAAUUAUUUGGCACAUUCAAACAAUUAA